UAAGUGGACGGAAGUUAGCUAGCUACUGCAGUCGUGUGAGCAAAGGCACCUGUGAUGUGUAGAGCAUGUUUUCAACUGUAAGUUCGAGCUAUAAUGGUUAAUUUGCGAAAUCACUGCUGUGUCUGUGUAUGUGUUUAGAUAGAGUACGUUGCAUGUUAGAAACGCACGCGCGAGUGGUGGCUGUCAAACGGGAUCUAGCAGUGGCCACGAGAUAGCUGCACCUUCGAAAACAGUUUUGUGUCAGGUUUCCAUAGUAACCGCAUAAGAAGCGGCACCAAAGCAAAGGAUUGUAUUUUGUAGCCUUCGUGUUGAUCAGCCAAACCACUGACUGAGGAAUACUUAUUUGUCUGUAUGCUGAUUGCGCCUUUUUACUGUUGCUGAGACGAUUCGAAGACACUGAACAUGGUCCAGUUGCACGUGAAACGAGGGGAUGAGAGUCAGUUUCUAUUCACUAUUACUGUCGACGUCCCAUUGGAAACUGUAACUGAACAAGUCACAGCCAUCUACAAUGGAAAGCUGAAAGUGGAGAGAAUUUGCUCAGAAAUACCACAGCUUGCAGAACAUGGCAUCACACUACCACCAAAUAUGCAGGGGCUCACAGCCGAACAGUUAGUGGACCUGAAACUUGUGGAUGAAUGGGAGGAUACGUGCAUACCCAGUGGAGGUGCAGAAUUAAAGAAGGAUGACAUCGGACUUAGGAAUGGACAAGCUCCAAAUGAUAAAAUGAAAGAUGUUUUAAAGAAGACAAUGGAAGAAGCCAAGGCCUUAGUCUCAAAGAAGCAGGCCCAGGCCAAUGUAUGCGUAACCAUGGAGAUGGUAAAGGAGGCCCUGGACCUCCUGCGGGGGGCGGUCAUGAUUGUGUACCCCAUGGGGCUCCCCCCACACGACCCCAUCCGCAUGGAGCUGGAGGAUAAAGAAGACCUGGCCGGCACACAGGCAUCUCUCCAAGUGAUCCCAGCUGAAGAGGCCCAGCUCUGGUGGGCAGGCAAAGAAAUGCAGCGUGGCAAGAAGCUCCAGGACUACAUUGGCAAAAACGAGAAGACCAAGAUUGUGGUCAAACUACAAAAGAGAGGCCAGGGGGCGCCAGGGAGAGAGCCGCUGGUUAAUGAGGAACAGCAGAAGCAGAUGAUGAUGCACUACCACAGGCGACAAGAAGAACUCAAGAAACUGGAAGAAGCAGAUGACGACGACGCCCAUCUGCACUCGGAUUGGUCAGACAGGCAGGCCCUGAAGAAGCAGUUCCAAGGCUUGACCAACAUCAAAUGGGGCCCGAGAUGAUAAGCCUAAAUUCAGAGACUGACUGACUGAUACAGUGGCCUUGUCAACAAGAUCUCAGAGGAGUAGCCGUGAGAAUCCCUUAUCCACUCUCACUUCCUACUGUGAUUGCUCUACUUCACAUCACCCUAUCUCUUAUCUGCGAUCUGAUCUUGAUUUUUUUUCCCUCAGUCUUCCUAUUUUUGACCCACAUGUUUUUGAAUUGUACAUACACGUUGUAAAUUAUUGUGGGUGGAAAAUAAAGCUGUGAUUAACUGUA